GUGGCAAGUGUAUUUCUAUCUUUUUAGCAAACCCAUGUGACACCACUUCUACUUCUCUUCCUCUUUUGCUUUCUCUCUCUAAACCAACUUUUCUGCCUCCCCUCUCCUUUCUCCUUUCACCCCUCAAUAAUUCUCCCUCUCUCUCUGAAAGUUAAACCGUCUUUUGGUUUUUCUUCUUCUUGGUUUAAUAAAUUCUCUCCAAGUAAACCAUUCAUCUCCCUUUAUUGAGUGCUCUUGAAGGCUUCUCUUCUCUUUUUCAGCUUUGAAUUGGUCUCUCUCUCUCUCUCUGAGGUUGCAGAGAUUAGCGCGAUGACUGAACCAAAACCAGAAGACAUCACCCACCCUCCAAUGGAUCAGCUCUCAGGCUUUGAAUACUGCAUCGAUUCGAACCCAAGUUGGGGCGAGGCCAUUGUGCUUGGUUUCCAACACUAUAUUCUGGCUUUGGGAACUGCCGUUAUGAUUCCAUCUUUUUUGGUUCCUAUGAUGGGAGGAAGUGAUGAUGAUAAAGUGAGAGUGGUUCAGACAUUGCUAUUUGUGAGUGGAAUCAACACUCUUUUGCAGACUCUCUUUGGUACGCGUCUGCCCACUGUGAUUGGUGGCUCCUAUGCUUUCAUAGUCCCCAUUCUCUCCAUCAUCAAUGAUUCUUCAUUGACCCAAGUCACCAACCCUCAUGAGAGGUUCCUCCAAACCAUGAGAGCCAUACAAGGAGCUCUUAUUGUAUCUUCAAGCCUGCAGAUUAUACUGGGUUACAGCCAGAUUUGGGGAAUAUGCUCGAGGUUUUUCAGCCCCCUCAACAUGGUUCCCGUGAUUGCCUUGGUGGGCUUUGGACUUUUCGACAGGGGCUUUCCUGUGGUUGGUAAAUGUGUGGAAAUUGGUGUCCCAAUGCUUAUAUUGUUCAUAGGCUUCUCUCAGUAUUUAAAGCAUUUUGAGACCAGAGGUUUGAGAGUUUUUGAGCGCUUUGCGAUGCUCAUCACAAUUACCAUCAUUUGGGCUUAUGCCCACCUCUUGACAGCGAGUGGGGCAUACAAGCAUCGCCCUGAAGUAACUCAAAGAAACUGCAGAACUGAUAGAGCGAAUCUCAUUUCAUCAGCUCCCUGGAUAAAAAUCCCAUACCCACUUCAGUGGGGUGCACCUACAUUUGAUGCCGGACAUGCCUUUGGGAUGAUGGCUGCUGUUUUCGCCUCACUGGUUGAGUCAACAGGAGCAUAUAAAGCUGCAUCUCGACUCGCAAGUGCUACACCACCUCCAGCUCAUGUUUUGAGCCGUGGCAUUGGGUGGCAGGGGAUUGGAAUUUUACUUGAUGGUAUGUUUGGAACAGGCACCGGUUCUACUGUGUCAGUAGAGAAUGUUGGACUUCUAGGAGUGACACGAGUUGGCAGCCGCCGUGUCGUCCAAAUUUCAGCUGGAUUCAUGAUAUUUUUCUCAAUAUUGGGGAAAUUUGGAGCACUGUUUGCAUCAAUCCCAUUCACCAUAUUUGCUGCUCUAUAUUGUGUUUUAUUUGGAUUAGUAGCUGCGGUUGGUCUCUCAUUCUUGCAAUUCACGAACAUGAACUCGAUAAGGAACCUCUUCAUCACAGGCGUCUCCUUCUUCUUGGGUUUAUCAGUACCUGAAUAUUUCAAUGAGUACACAAGAACCUCUCAGCAUGGACCUGCACACACCAAGGCCGGAUGGUUCAAUGACUACAUAAACACGAUAUUCUCAUCUCCUGCAACUGUGGCUCUGAUAGUUGCGGUGUUUUUGGACAACACCCUUGAUUACAAGGAUGCUGCAAAGGACAGGGGGAUGCCAUGGUGGGUGAAGUUCAGGACUUUCAAAGGAGAUAGCCGAAACGAGGAAUUCUAUACCCUUCCUUUCAAUCUCAACCGCUUCUUUCCACCCACUUGAUUUCUAUUUUUACUGCUCUUCUCCUCAACUUCCACCAACCAAGCUGCUGCUUCUUCAAACCAGGAGUCCAGUGAGGACAAUGAAACUCUCUCUCUCUCUCUCCUUUUCCCAAAUUUAUGUCAUGUAAUUAUUGCUCCCUUGUUUUUCAAUUGGAAAGGGAAAAGUUUUUGCCCUUAUUUUUCCUAUUCCUUUAGACCAUCUUCUAUUCAUUUAUAAGCUGUCAUCUUUUAUUUA